AUGGAUUCUCGAGUUUCUUGCCUACGAGAACGUCAGAAGCCAGAGCGAAGGUCUCGAGAAGCAUUCCCUAAAGAGGUCUCGGAAGCCAUAAAUGAGAUCAAAGAACGUAUAACGACUCUGGAAAGCUCAGUUAGCGAUUUGAUCGCCCUCACAACUAAAUCUAUCAUAGAUCCCCACAAUACCAAGACGGCCCCUCGAAAGAGAACUCGUAUGGAAGCCUUCGGUGGAGAUCCUUAUCAGUACGAGUCACCUCGUGGAUCGAAUUUUGCUUACAUUUCAGCUACCGCCGAAUCGCAUGUUACUCCCCCCUUUUCUGCUUAUGAAGCUCAGACGAUGAUUCAAGAAGAGUUAACUCGUGCUCCCGGCUUGAGUGCAAAAAAGCAGGCUGCCUUUCAGUCUGCGUUAUCCUCUCUCAAGCAAAGUUUGAAUACAUCAAUGAUUGACCAUGAUCCCUCAAGCGAAAGAAAUUUGGAACAGGACCUAGAAAACCUGUCAAUCCCACAUAUAACCUUGAUACAGUGGAUGUUGCAGUCUGAUGAUUCCGGUAGAUCGGUAUGCUCCAACGAGUUCAUGCCACUUACAUCGCGGAAGACGAUCGCUCGGAUGGCUCAAGAUAUUCUCAAUAAACCUACGAAUCACUCCAGCCCUGCUAACUUGAUAUGCGUUGCCGCGUAUGCUGGGUAUUUCUUGCAGGAGAUCGUUCUCUCAGGACACGGCGACAGCACAGGUUUGGAAGAACAGCUACGUCUCCAAGCACUAGACUACUUUUCAACGGCACGAACCACAGUCUCACGCAUUCUUCUGCAAGCCUCACCAAGCCUCGAGAAUCUUCAGGGGUUCCUCUAUGGUAAUAUGCUUGCGCAAGAAGCUGGCGAUUUUUCGGCAGCCUGGCUCCUCACAGAAGCUGCUAGUACUAUGUGCCUUGACAUGAAACUCCACAAAAAGGGCAAUACCUUCGAAAAUGGCCCUCGUGACAUAGCAAUCGAGGCAUACUACUGCUUCGCUAUCUGCUACAAGAACGACAAGGGUUUAGCGAUGAAUCUUGACCGUCCAGCCUUUCUGCAGGACUCCAUAAUUGAAAUUGACCUACUCAAACCACCGACUACGACAUCAGUUAUCCUUGACAACUUCACCAUUUAUCUCCAGCUUGCGCAGGUCCAAAGCUGCAUUGCCACCGAAUUACGGCUAGCUAACGGAGCGAGUCGACGCGCGGCCCUCAUGUCGAAUCUACUGGCCAAGAUGAAUCAAAUCUGGAAGCUAAAUACAGAAUUACAAAAUCAAAUGAAACAGAUAGGCGAUAAGUACGACUCGGAGAUGGAGUCAGCUAUGGUGGACUUUGCAUACUACUCGGUGAAGACAGUACUGUUCCACUCCGGGGCAGAACGAUUGCGUCCGGAAUAUAACCAAGCGUAUUUGGAUGCCGCACGAUCUGCAUUGAAUGCCGUUCAAAGAGCCCGGGAACUUUCUUACUCGUCACAGUAUAAUAGUGCCUAUAUGCAAAAUUCCUUUGCACAUUGGACAAUCCUCCAUUAUCCUUUCACACCCUUCUUCGUCUUAUUCUGCAAUGUUAUCUCAAGCCGCUCUACACCAGACUACAAUAUCAUGCUACAGUUUGUUGCAUAUCUUGAAGAAGCAAAAGAAAUUAGCAUCUCCGUUGCAAAACUUUACAAACUGUGUAUCCCAUUCUCCUCAUUAGCUUCUAGCAUCUUGAGUUCGGAGGACUGCACCACACCAUUAGAACCCAACAACCUAUCGAACAGUGGUAAGGGAAUGGUACCAUUUAACCGGAACGCUUCUAGCAACGGACCGAUUAUACGAAGCCAAUCCCCUCCUCCUCACCCGAUCGUGGCAUACGAUUCUCCCGCUCUAUUACAGUCGGAAUUUAACGUUACGCCCCAGUCAAUUCCAAGCUUAGGCCAGGACCUUAAUAGCGAUCUCUGUAGCAACAAUUUCCUUGAUGACUUUAUGAAUACACAGCCUAUGCUACAAUGGCUGGAUUCGGAUUUCUCAGCGUUGGAAGAAGUAUGGGCUGCGGCUGGGGAUACACACUACUAG